AUGGACUGCAAAGAAGAUGUGAAAAACAAAAAUUCAGAACUAAUUAAGACCGACGAAUCACACUUUAAUUUGACACCAGAUUCAAUAGAAAAUUAUCAGGAACACUUCGAGUUAGUAACAAAAGACGCAACUGCAAACAAAAGCGUAGAGUACACCAAAGAGUUUGUAAAGUAUGUUGAAAAUGAAAGCCAAACAUCUAUUGUGACAUUAAAAGAAAACUAUGAUAAACAAAGUUCAUUGAAAAUCUUAGAGAAAAUAGCUCCUAUUGAAAGCUGUGAAGGAGAACAUGUAGAACUUGUCACCGUGGUAGAAGGUUCAACUGGAACGGCUUCGAAUGACACAGAGGACAAGGAAAAAACCGGCAAGAAGCUCAAAAAGAAGGUUGUAACUAAAAAACUAAAAAAGAAAAAAGGUGUCCAAUUAGACGAUGAUAUAAAAGACAAAACCGAUACGUUAGUUGUCGAAGAGUGUGAAGCUUUGUUGCCGACAUUCGAAGUGGAACCGAAACCCCAAACUGUUUAUUUAGGUGACGAAAUUGUCAUUGAAUGCAAACUUUCUCCUAGUUCGAAAAACCAGGUGACUUGGUUUAAAGACGGACAACCGCUUAGUGAACUUAAAGACGGUAGAAUAAAAAUCAAUUCAAGCAGUGAAUCCGGAAUUCAAACAUUAAAAAUAGCUAAAGCUUUAUGGCAAGAUGUUGGUGAUUUGGUUAUGAUUGCCGAAAACGAAAACGGAAUAGUCGAAUGUACUGUACCUAUCAACGUUUUAUCGAAAGUUCGGAAUGAGAGUUUGAAAAUUGACCAAUUUAUUUGCCCGUCGUUAAUCAAAACAGGAGGUCUUUUAGAAAUAAAUUGCCACGUUUCAGGUCAGGAGCAUGCUGAUGUGAAAUUUUACAAAAACUCAGAAUUGCUGCAAGCCGACGAAUCACGCAUCUUUUUGUUACCCGACUCAUUGGAUACUGAUGACGGUAAUUUUAAAUUGUUAAUAAAAAACGUAACUGAAACGGAUAGCGGUCAGUAUACCGUAGUUGCCCGAAAGAAUGAUGAAAAGGCAUACCAGACCUCAAUUGUUACGGUGAAAGAAAAUUAUGAAAAUCAAAGUUCAUUGAAAGUCUUAGAGAAAAUAGCUCCUGUUAAAACCUGUGAAGGAGAACCUGUAGAACUUGUCACCGUGAUAGAAGGUUUAACUGGAACGUCAUCUGUAACCUGGUUAAAAGAUGGCAAGCCAAUAAAAGCGGAUGAGUUUAUAACAAUCAGCAACGUCGGAAACAAACAGACUCUGAAAAUAAGUAACUGCACUUCUGAUGACGCCGGCCAGUACUUUUGUGUUAUAGAAGGUGAUUCUGGGAAACUAACAACAAGUGCUUCUGUAAGUGUCUCAGAUGAAAACUUAGAUUCGAUCGAAGCUGUGGAACAAGCCACUUCGGAAAACGAUCAAACUCAAUUGUUCUCUGCGGAGAAAAAACUGAAAAAGAAUGUUGCCGUAGAACGAAGAAAAAAGGCGAAAUUUUUGGCAGAACCACAUGACUCAAGUAUUGCAAAAAUUGACGAUAUGCUAGAGGACUUUCAAGAAAUGAUUUUGUCUGAAAACAAAUCUGAAAUCGAUAUCAAACAAAGCAAACAAGAAAAGUUGCCUGUAAACAAUUUGAGUGAAGAAACGGCUUCAAAUGACACAGAGGACAAGGAAAAAACCGACAAGAAGCUCAAAAAGAAGGUUGUAACUAAAAAACUAAAAAAGAAAAAAGGUGUCCAAUUAGACGAUGAUAUAAAAGACAAAACCGAUACGUUAGUUGUCGAAGAGUGUGAAGCUUUGUUGCCGACAUUCGAAGUGGAACCGAAACCCCAAACUGUUUAUUUAGGUGACGAAAUUGUCAUUGAAUGCAAACUUUCUCCUAGUUCGAAAAACCAGGUGACUUGGUUUAAAGACGGACAACCGCUUAGUGAACUUAAAGACGGUAGAAUAAAAAUCAAUUCAAGCAGUGAAUCCGGAAUUCAAACAUUAAAAAUAGCUAAAGCUUUAUGGCAAGAUGUUGGUGAUUUGGUUAUGAUUGCCGAAAACGAAAACGGAAUAGUCGAAUGUACUGUACCUAUCAACGUUUUAUCGAAAGUUCGGAAUGAGAGUUUGAAAAUUGACCAAUUUAUUUGCCCGUCGUUAAUCAAAACAGGAGGUCUUUUAGAAAUAAAUUGCCACGUUUCAGGUCAGGAGCAUGCUGAUGUGAAAUUUUACAAAAACUCAGAAUUGCUGCAAGCCGACGAAUCACGCAUCUUUUUGUUACCCGACUCAUUGGAUACUGAUGACGGUAAUGUUAAAUUGUUAAUAAAAAACGUAACUGAAGCGGAUAGCGGUCAAUAUGCCGUAGUUGCCCGAAAGAAUGAUGAAAAGGCAUACCAAACCUCAAUUGUAACUGUGAAAGAAAAUUAUGAAAAUCAAAGUCCAUUGAAAGUCUUAGAGAAAAUAGCUCCUGUUAAAACCUGUGAAGGAGAACCGGUAGAACUUGUCACUGUGGUAGAAGACGUGUCAAUAUUCAACUUUGACGGCAAAUAUAUAUCAAAAGUUUUCAUAGCAGGCUCACCGACAAAAGAGCGCAGCAAAAAAGGCGCAGACAAUAAAAGCGCAGUAAUAAUGGUGCUGUGCAAAAAAGGCAAUGUCAAAAAAGGCUUGUAUAGUAAGGGCACAAAAGUGUGCAAGACAAAAAGGCGCGAGUAUUGA